CCCCCUUGCCCCGUCCCUGAAGUCUACAAUCAGCUGUUUGGGUUACCUGGGUUGUCAGCUCAAAACUAUAUGUUUUCCCGACAUUUUCGAGUCUUUUUCCGAAUCCACCGCCAUGUUUUUCAAACAUUUAGAGCCCAUAUCCGGAGUUUUCUGUUCAACGGCUUCCACAAAAGCUGUUCCCUAAGGGUGGGAACUCUCCUACCGCUGGUAAUCCUCCGGUCAGCUGAAUGCAGCCAAAGAGAUGAUCAGGAGGUGAGGCGUUUGAGCCGGAAGAGAACCAUGAGCAAGGUCAGGUACGAGACAUGUCUGGAGGGCAGAGCGCAGAACUAUCUCAACGCCAUUAAAGUGCGGUGGGAGCAGCUGCACAAGACUCCUGGGUUGUUUUCGUAUCAAUUGCAUAAAACGCCACAGUGCCGACGAAUACCAGGACAUUGGGGUUUCUACACCGAGCUCAAUGCAGACCGUGCCCUUAAGCGCCGUCGUCCGCAGACCAUCGAGAACCUUAAUCCCACCUUCAAGCCCACUAUGUUCAACUUCAACAAGGUCAAUGCUCAGGAGGUAAUUAUGACCAUUCAUGAUGCCUUCGGCAGUCCUGAAGUCCAGAUGAUCAUCAACAAGAGUCCAAUUACCAAGUAUCACACACUUAUCUGCCCGGAAGUGGGAAAAAACCAUGUCCAAAGGAUUACCCGAGAUGUUCUGGAGUUCUGCAUCACUUUUAUGCGAAGUAUUGAUGACAAAAACAUACGCAUGGGCUAUAAUAGCCCUGGGGCUUUGGCCUCGGUAAACCACCUGCACUUUCACCUGCUCCACAUGCCCCAGGAUCUGUACAUAGAUCAGGCACCACUAGAUGAGCUGGUCGGUGGCCAUGUCUAUCGUUUGAGUCGAAGGGCACCCACGGAAGCUAUCUGUAUAGUAUUCAACAAAGAAGACAACGCUGAACAGGUGGAGGAGAAGGUUGAUCAGCUCUACAAGCUGGCCAUGUGGAUGUGCCAAAACAAUAUGCCGCACAAUCUGUUCAUCACGCAGGAUCGGAGAAAGGGCAAAAGCGGUGACGUUCAGGUAUUCGUGUUUGCCCGAUCCGAAUACUGCGUGAACAAGGAUUUGGUCGACUUUAAUGUGGGAUUCUGCGAGUUGGCUGGUUACAUUCCGUUGCCAGAUCCAGAUAAAAUGGAGAAUCUUACUGAACUACAAGUGCUCUACAGGAUCCGCACUGUCACUGGCGAAGCGCCAAAAGCUGUGUAUGAAGAAAUAACGAAUAUUGUCGAAGGUUGCGAACAAUCUCUUUGGGACCUUCCUUUGACAAUAUGAAACAAUUAAAAUAAACAAUCAGAGGCUUCUUUCUAGACUAACUUUA